GUGCAGACUGCAUCGCCUCCGGGUCCUGACGUCCGAGCGCUGGACGAGCAGGCCCGGCAGCCUCGACGUAGGCAUGCCUACCUCAACGACCAUCCUGUUCUCCGCCGCUCUGGCCACUCCAAAGGCCAUAACUACCGCCGGCACCGCCGGCAUGCCGACCAUUUGAGCCGGUACAAACAGCUGGUUUACUCGGACGAUUUGCUCAACUGUAGGCUCGUUAUGACCUCCAAAAGUCGCUGUUCAGACGCCGCCGCGCCUUCUUCGGAAGUAUCCAACCACGCUAAAACGAGACCAGGCUUCGAAUAUCUCCAACCCUUUCAUGGCUCUAGUCUAAACAUGAAUCAGACGGAGGCUAGAUCCAACAGUCGUUUUGAUCUGGUCCAAAGACGCAUGGAUGCGAGGUGGCAGGCGGGUCGAAAGGAUUCGUGA